UAAACAACCGCGGCAAAAUAGCUUCGGAUGCUGUAAUUUGAUUAAUUUAUUAGCGAAAAAAUAAUUGUAAUAAUUGAUUAUGUGCAUCAUUAAAAACUUAAAGUGAUGACAGACAUUUUAACUCUCGUGUUUAAAACUUUGACGUCGCGGGGUGAGUUAGCAGCGGUAGAUGAUGGGUCCCUCUCUGCAGUAGCUCCAGCUCGCAGUGCACUGGUGGUGGGGGAGCGCGCUCUGAGCCGCACCAUGCUGCUGCUGGCCGCUGUCACCGCUGCCUCCGAGAGCGGCCUCAGGGUCUUCUUCCUCACCCAGACUCAGAUCCAGAGCCUCCCGGUGGCGCUGCAUAGCCGGGUCCCUGGUUUGACCCCUGCCGCUCUCAAGAAAAUCAAAUUCUGCUACCCUCGCACCUUCGAGGAGCUGCUUGUCCAGGUGGCAGGUCUUCAUGAGUCUUCUCACUCCCCCCCUUCCUCCCCCGCUCUGAUCAUAGUGGAUGGUUUGGAAUGUUACCUAUGUUCCCCAGCCCCCUGCACUUCUAGCAGACUACAGACCAGUGAACAGUGCUCUGCGGCCCACUUGUCUGCUUUGCUCUGUGACACUGCCUCCUUUCUCACUCAGGUGUUGGAGAAGCAUGGGUCUGCCCACGCUCCCUGUCGCCUUAUCACCUCUUACCAACCCCAAAGGAACUCCGAGCAGAGUGGGGAAGCCUCAGUGGACUCUGUGUUGGAUGUUCUUGAUCGAUAUUUCCAGGUGAGGUGUACGCUGGACCAGGACAGGAGUUAUGAGUCGACGUCAGGUGGGCUUCAGCAAGUUUGGAACAUUUACCUGUCCUCCUGUUUAGAAGUGAAAGAGACUUCCUGUAAGAAGGACGAUAUGGAGAGCAAAGAAGAACAGCCUGUUCAGGAGUGGAGACUGCUGCUGUCAGCUGAUGGACUGAUGGAGUUUAAACUGGCUCAAAAACACUGAUUUUGUAUGCGACUAUCAGUUAAACUAUUAUGAAUUUUGCUUUUGAAAGCUUUACUUUAGAAUAGACUCUAUGAUGUUUAGAUGUUUUAGGUGAUUCAUUAAAAUUAUACCCAACUAGAGUAUUUAUUCACACACUCCUAAAAAUGUGAUAAUAAGGAAAAAGAUGGAUUGUAAUUGGUUUAGAAGUCCAGAGACCCAUCUAAUUUCUAUAGUUCUCAAGCAGUGAUUCAUGGACACUUGGGGCCUUCACAUUGUUUUUAAUACAACAUUUAGUGUGGGGUAAAAAGUUAUUAUUUUUUUAAUCUGUCAGUAUUCACAGUUAUAUUUAGGUUCACAUCGUGGAAUUUACCCAUUCAUUCUUUUUUUUUUUAAAUUCCCAUUUCAUGUAUGUAAAAUUUUAACACAAGUAAAUACAAUCAACACAU